AUGGUUCAACUCUUCAGAGUUAGAGGACCUACAAAGGGAACAAAUAGCUACUGUUUCCCGAGGAAACUGCACAAGUCAACUGCCCCAGCUAUAAAGAUAUCGUCAUGCCAAUCAGCAAAAGAAAUCUGGGAAGCUCUUCAGGCAGCUCACGAAGGAACAACACAAGUCAAGCAAUCCAAGAUCGAUAUGCUCAAAACUGAAUACAAGCUCUUUAGGAUGAAAGAUGAUGAAUCCAUCCAAGAUAUGCAUAAUCGCUUCACCUCCAUCAUUAAUGAGCUUCACUCUCUUGGUGAAAUUAUUCCAAGAAAUAAGCUUGUCAAGAAAAUCCUUAGUGUGCUGCCCAGUUCUUGGGAAUGCAAAGUGAAUGCCAUUACAAAGGCGAAGGACUUGCAGGAACCGACCAUUGAUGAGCUUGUCGGCAAUCUGAAAACAUAUGAAAUGAAGAAGAAGAAGGACAAUGAAAGAAGAGAGCCCAAAAUGGAGAAGAACCUGGUCUUCAAGACAGAUAACAAUGAUUCAUGUGGUGUUGAUGGUGAUAUGGCUUACUUGACAAGAAGAUUCCAGAAGAUGAAAGAUCAGUACAAAAACAACUUUGACAAAGCAGCCAAGAGAAACCCGAUUCCUGAUAAAUGCUUCAAGAGAAAGAAUGUCACUGACAAUGUUGUAAAGCAAGCUUUUGCUGCAUGGGGAGACUCCUCUAGUGAAUCUGAAGAAGAGAAUGAUCAUGGUGAUAUUUCAAUGAUGGCAGUAGAAAGUAAAGCAAAUGAUCGUGGUAGUGGACUUGAAGGAAAAAUUGGGGAACUUAAAUUGGAGAGUAGGCCUGAAAAUUCUCAAAAGGGAGAUGAAGUUGCAAGUGAGGCACAUAAUAAGCUUGAAACCCUGCAAGCAGGGAGUGUAUCAUUUGGAAAUGGCAAGAAAGGAUACAUUCUGGGAGUUGUAAGGAUUGAGAAGCCUCUCUCACACUCAAUCAAAAAUGUGUACUACGUGAACGAGUUGAAGUACUGCUUGCUAAGUGUUUCCCAGAUCUGUGACAAGGAAAACAGGGUGAAAUUUGUGUCAAAAAUAUGUACAGUUACAAACCUAGUGACUGGUGAGGAGGCUCGGUCAUGCAAGCUUCACGUUUCUGAACAAAUUGGUCAGGAAGGACUUGGUUCUUUGUGUGCCCAAGUCAAGUUUCAAGGAUCACAAAGUGUGCGAUGCAUGUGUAAAAGAACCAAGGAUGAAACUUUUGAAGUGUUCAUUGCUUUUAUCAAAAAGAUCCAAGUGAAGAUAGGUAAUAAGGUAGCCUGCAUCAAGUCUGAUCAUGGGACAGAGUUUGACAAUGCCAAAUUUGAUGAGUUCUAUACUGACAAUGAGGAAGCUCUUGGAAAAUUCGAUGCCAAAAGUGAUGAAGGAAUAUUUGUGGGAUACUCAUCUUAA